AUGGCCGAUAAUGACAUGUUAUGGCUUAUAAGAAUCAAGUUUUGGCUUCUCGCUGCUCCAUACAUUCCGUCGAUCAUCUGUUCAGUAUUCAUUCUCGUCUAUUUUUAUAAGCAGCGUCGCCAUUUCUCAGCACAUCAACAUCUCACCCUUUUGUUAACUAUAUUUGGAACUUUACAAUUGACGACGGAUAUUCCAUUCGCAAUAAUUUACUACCAUUACGGAGAAGUAUUUUCAGCAUCGAACAGUUUUUGUCUAUGGUGGAAUUGGUGGGAUUAUACACUUUGUAGUCUACUUUUGUUCCUAAUGGCUUGGGGUUCACUUGAUCGUCAUUUACUUAUUUUUCAUAAUUCAGUUAUUAUAAGGAAACGAACACGAAUCUUGUUUCAUCUAAUACCUAUGUUUAUGUGUACGAUGUAUCCAAUGACAUUCUAUCUCAGUGCUAUUAUAUUUAAUUCAUGCGAAAAUCAAUGGAUUUACACAGAAUUUUUAUGUUUACAAUCAUGCUACUUGUAUAGUCAAUCAACAGUUGCAAUAGUCGAUUUCAUCAUCAAUAUUGUCGUACCAGUUGUGCUGAUCAUGUUAGCGAAUAUCACUAUAAUAAUUCGAAUAUGGUUUCAAAAACGGAACCGUCGUCGAGAUAUACGUCGGGAACGGAAAUUAGCAAUUCAACUUCUAAGUGUUGCAAUCCUGUACAUUCUUCUUUGGUUUCCAUUGACAAUUAAUGGCGUACUUUGUACAUUAUCGCAAACAGCGCGAUUCAAGGACUUGCAGAGCAAAUAUCUUCUGUAUCUCCCUAGCCUAGUGCCGAUAUUAUUACCAUUUUUCACGCUGCCUAUUCUGUCAAAUUUCAAACAAACAGUUUUCAAAAUACGGCCUAAUAUUAUCGUGGCACCAAUUGUAAUUAAACGUUAA